UUUUACGCUGGGGUGAGACGCCCGGCUUUGUUUUUUGUGCUGACUUUUCGCUUAACUUUCUGGAAACAGCAACUGUACUUUUCAUGUCUGAGUUUAGAGAUUAUAAUGAUUCGGACGAGUUAUUUAGUAAAGAACUGGAUGUUAUUGACUCAGAUGAAUACGUAGAUUCGGUACACGUUGAUAAGGAUAGUGAAAACGUCAUUGUUAACUUGGAAGUUAGCGCUAACACAGUUGGAAGCUUAAUUGAGACUGCUGACAGUUCAGCGUUGAAAAAAUCUGAUGCUAGUAGUAUUGAGAAUACUAACUUUCUACCUAAAUCCCAUUCACUUAAAGGUCCUGAUGAGGAAAAUGAUUCUAAAUUCAAAAGUGUUAGAUGUUACGUGUGCAAGAAAGAAGGCCACUUGUCUAAGGACUGCCCUAAACUGAUCUGUCACAACUGCCAGAGACCUGGACAUUUUGCUCGGGACUGCCCAAAGGGCAAUUUGACAGAAAACAAAGUGCUUACCUGCUUUAUCUGCAACCGUCCUGGUCACGUUGCUAAGUUUUGCUAUCAAGCGCAACGGUAUGACGGCAAUUAUCGAAACGGUAAUAGUGAGAGGCCGAUGCUUAGAGAACGACUCAGUAGGGACAUCCCUCAGACCUAUUCCUCGACUCACCAUGAUCGUGAACGCCAGCCCGCAUUGUCACCAAAGGGUUGCAGAGAGCCCAUUACACCACCGCCUAAACGCUAUUCAGAAUAUGGCAAGUCUCCCGAGCGCCGACCCCCGCCUUCCCAGCCUGCUAAUCGGACCCGCAGAGAUUACCGACCCUCCCCCUUAGACGACCCUCCCGAACGCCGUUACUACCCACGUGUUAGCAGACCCAAUGAAGAGCGCACUGCUCAACUGCAAGAGCAUCAUUUCCGUCAAUCGUUUUCUCCAAGAGCAGGUGGUGGUGAGGGCAGUUAUCGCCACAUGAGGGAGGAGAGUGACCGCCGCAUAUUCAAAGGAAAACGCCGCAGCAGCAGUCGCGAUCCAAGAGCGUUUGAAUCUGUGCCUGUUGCGCGGUACCCUCGAGAAGAGCGGGGGUCGUCCUGGGAGCAUUACAGCGAUGGAAGUCCAGUGUCCAGAAGAGGGCGGGACAGAGCUCUGCACCGCUCGCCAGAUGAAAGAGAAAAUGUAAGGCGGCAUAUCAGGGAUGACCGCGUGGCCACAGGCUCUUAUAGCGACCUAAAAAAUUCCUUUCAAACCACUCGGCCCUCUUCUCACCGUCCGCCUUUUUCUGCGCUCUCUGAUCGUCCUACCAUUAGCCGGCGCAUGACGCCUCCGCCCCGCAGUGGCUAUAAUGUUCCCCGUGGCGUCCGGCAUCCACUCGGCUUCCGGGGUGCAGGCUACUCACUAUCCUCUCAAUCCCAUCGACCGGACUCCCCACGCGAGUUUAUGCGAGGGGAUCGAGAGUACAACCCUGAGAAUAGACUGCGGCCCGUUCACAAGCUAAGCAGUUCUAUGACGCACGGGGGCCCGAGAAACCACUAUAGUUAUGCGUACGAGCCUGACGCUUUCCGCUCGAGAAGGCCGUUAGACAGGCAGACUUAUCCUCCACGUCCGGCUUUAUAUGAUACUGGGCGCACGCUACCUUCAUACAGGGCUCGUGACCGGGAUCGCUACGAGCCGCCGCGGGUAUACGAGGAUAAGCGAGAGAUAUAUAAACCUCGAAGGAACGAAGAUUAUGAUUAUCCUGCGAGGGUGAGUGGCCAUCCGAGAUACUAAGAAGCGGAACACCACUUUUACGGUAUUUGGUUUGGGCCGUUAGCCAAUUCUUUGUGUAAAUAUUAUGGAGAGAAAGAUUUCACGUUUGCUAAUAAAAUGCACUUUCGAAGCUUUUUCAAAGAAACAUUUUUGUGGCAAGU